AUGGAUAUCUCCCCCACAAAACAUAUUUUUGCUGCUACAAUCUGUGCUACUGUCCCCGCCGUCGCGCUCAAGCUUUGGAAGUCCUCAAACCUCGAUCACAUCCCAUCCGUUGGAUACUCGUCCUGGCUCGGGUCCUACAUUUCUGCAUUCAAGUACGUUGGCAAUGCUGUUCAGAUUCUACAGGAAGGCUAUGCUAAGUACAAGGAAACGCCUUUCAAAGUCCCUACUUUAAACCGCUGGAUUGUCAUCAUCGGUCGCCGUCACCUGGAAGAUAUCAAGAAGUCUACAGAUGACGAGCUAUCUCUGAUAGAGGCAGCAAAUGAAGUUGCCAAGGUUGACCACCUGAUUGGCCGUGAGAUCAACUCUAAUCCCUACCACAGUUCUGUGGCCCGAAUACAUCUCACACGUAACAUUGGUCUCUACUACCCUGACAUAAAAGACGAGGUACACACUGCAUUCGAAGAGCUACUCGAUCUCAAGGACAAUGUGUGGAAGAGCGUCCCGGCAGUAGAAAUCAUGCGCGAGAUCGUAUGCAGAACCAGCAACAGAGUCUUCGUCGGCCUACCGCUUUGUCGGGAUCCCGACUGGAUCGAUCUAAACUCUCAAUUUGCGGUCGACGUAGCUACAGAUGCAAAUAUCUUGAACAUGUUCCCUAAAUUGCUGGUGCCCUUUGUAUCGAAAAUACUACCCAAUACUGCGGCAGGCAUCGAACGCGCCAUAAAACAUCUCGACCCGAUUAUCAAGGAUCGCCUCAGGCGUAUGAGAGAUCACGGAGACGAGUGGAGUGACAAACCGAACGACAUUUUGCAGUGGUUAAUAGACGCGAAACAGGAGUCUACGACUAGGCAGUUGACUCUGCGCGUGUUAACGAUCAACUUUGCCUCGAUACAUUCGACUACGAAUGCAUUGUACAACCUGGCAGCCUACUCGCAAUAUGUAGGGCCCCUUCGUGAGGAAGUUGACGCAGUUAUUCGGGAACACGGGUGGACGAAGGAGGCGCUCGCAUUGAUGUACAGGGUUGACAGUUUUCUGGCAGAGACUCAGCGCCUCGAAGGCCUCUCAGUACCUGUCUAUGAAAAUCCCGACGCUUUUGAUCCAUUCCGAUUCUCCCAGCUUCGCGUCGAUGGGAACGAAAGUGGGAGACAUCAGAUGGUGGCAGUGAAUCAGGACUACUUCCCCUUCGGAUAUGGGAAGCAUGCAUGCCCCGGGAGGUUCCUGGCAGCCAAUGAGCUGAAAACCAUGCUUGCAUAUAUCCUCACGAUGUAUGAUGUCAAGUUUGAGGAUAGUGUCUCCAGGCCGGCGAGUAUCCACUGGGACUUGAACGUCAUGGCAGAUCCCACCGUUAGAGUUAUGUUCCGGAAGAGAGUCAUUUAA